GUUCACUUCCACUUCCGACAUCUUACCAGCGGCCAUGAGCGAGCCCGAUGAUCUCUUCACGCUGAAGAACCAGUUUUGGGUCGGCAACUACCGCAAUGCGAUCCAAGAAGCAACGGUUCUGACCCAUGUCUCUGAAGCAACCAAACUGGAGCGCGACAUCUACGUCUAUCGCUCCCAUCUUGGCCUUCGCAACUACGCAGCCGUGUUGACAGCAAUCCCUGACGGCGUCGCAUCUAUCUCACUGAAUGCCAUCAAGCUUUACGCGACAUACCUCAACGGGGGGGAUGCAGAAAUCACGUUGCUUACCGUGCGCGAGUGGCUCAACUCCCAACAUAGCGAAAACCCGCACUUGCUCCUCGUGGCGGGGUUGAUCUUCAUGAGAGAGCAUAAAUUCUCGGACGCGCUGUCCGCAUUUCUCAAGGGAAAGACUUUGGAGCAUUCUAUGUAUGCCGUACUGAUCUACCUGAAGAUGGAUCGCGUGGACCUCGCCGAAAAGCACGUUGCGGACAUGCAGCGCAUCGACGAAGACGCGACGACAACCCAAUUGGCGCUGUCAUGGACGUUGGUUGCAAAAGGUGGAGUUGCAUGCGAUGAAGCAGCUCUCCACUUCCAGGAACUUGGAGACCGAUUUGGUGCAUCGGCGUGGCUGCUCAACGGGUCUGCUGCGGCGUUCAUGGGCCUCGCUAACUUCGCCGAAGCUGAUCGGUUGUUGCUCGAAGCCGUGGCGAAAGACCCGACGUUCGAAGAUACGUAUGUCAACUUAAUUGCCACGGCCCAGCAUUUGAAGAAGGGCCAAGACACGAUCCAGCAGUACCUCGCGCAGUUGCAGCAAGUUGCUCCCGCGAACGCGUGGUUGGAGUCGUACUUGCGCUUGGAGAGCGGCUUCAACCGUCUUGCGGCAACGUAUGUAUAGAAAACAAGAUGGACUAAUGCACACGACUCGGCGCGGAGCGAUUCUGUUCCGUUGAUUUCACCAUUGGAAAACGGGCUUCGGAAAUGUGGCAACUGCUUCAUCGCGUGCUAAGCGCGCAAUCGAUUGUUGCGGCCAAUCUUGCCCAGGCCACGUUCGCCGUGCUCUCCUGGAUCAUUUUCGUCGUUCGUGUGGACUCGUUCGUGAAAAGAAUUCCGGGAUGGAUUACCCACGUGCUGUGAUAAUUGGGGUCGAUGGAUUCUUUGCAUAGGAAAAGGCAACGGGUCGAGUUUAAUUGAGGGGGUUACGAGAAUAGUCAAUACAAAUCGGACCGACGACGGUCCUCAG